AUGGUGAUUACAGCAAAUUUGGUCGAUAAGGAAGACUAUGUUGAUAAUAAAAGGGACGGCGAUCCUUGUAAACAGAAUGAAGAUGAUGUGGAAGCUAUUGCACGAACAGAUUCCAUGGUGGAUGGGUACACACCUCCAUCAACUCCUCCAACCGAUACGGCAGGAAAGAGGAAAAGUGAGAAUAAUGCUAAAGUAGAACAUGCCCUUCUAUGCAGUCUGGUAGAUUCCAAAUUUACGAAGGAAGAUGAAGACAUCGCUGCCUACUUCUUGCAUGUGGAUGAAAUUGUGAAUGCAAUCACAACAUUGGGAGAAGAAGCUGAAGACACACUCCUUGUUUGGAAAUUGCUAAGAACUUUGACAAUGAAAUUUGAUCCUAAGGUAUCAGCCAUAGAAGAAAUGAAGGAUUUGAAAACAUUGACAAAAGAUGAAUUGUUUGGAAUUCUCACAGCCUAUGAAAUGAGAACAGAAGACAAACCAUCUCAAAAGGAAGCAGCUUUCAAAAUAUCAAAGAAAGGCAAAAACAAAAACUGUGCACCAAAGGAUAGCUCAAGCAGUGAAUCAGAUGAGGCUAAAGCUUAUUUCAUGAGGAUAUUCAAAAAGGGCAAAGGCAAAUAUAAAGGCAAAUUUCCAUUUAAAUGUUUCAAUUGUGGUAAGGUAGGGCACUAUGCUUCAAAGUGUCCUCAAAAUGAAGGCGAUAGUAGUGAAGAGGAAAAGAAGAACUAUCCAAAGAAAAAAGGAAAGAAAUACUUCAAGAAGAACUACUCAAAACAUAAGAAAAGCUUCUACUCUAAACAAAGCUCUAGUUCAUCAGAAGAAAGCUCUGAAGAUAUGUCCAGCAGUGAUGGAGAAGAAAUUCUUUUCAUGGCAAUGAAAGUUGAGGAUGAUGAAGAUGAAAAAGAAGAAGAAAAAGAGGCUAUGGGUGAUGAAGAGGAUGUAGAUCUAGAAGAAGAGUUACUUUAUGCUUAUGAAAAAAAUGAAAAGCUAAAAGGAAGGAUUUCAAAAUAUAAGACAAAAUUACAGGAGUCAAGCAAACUUAUUGAAGACCUAAAAAUACAAUUAGAGGAAGCAAAUAAGAAUGAGGAAGAGAUAAAAGAUCAGCUUAAAAGUAAAGAGGAAGGAUGCAGUAAAUUAGAAUUAGAAAUCAUCUCCUUAAAACAAGACUUGGAGAAACUUCAGAAAUUUGAAGACAGUACCAAGAAAAUGGAGUAA